AUGUCUCGUUCGCAGCCAUUGGCGGAGGCGUCGCAGCGCGGGUACGCGACCGGCGGCGACUACGGCCGCGACAGCCACCCUUCACCGCAGCGCAACCAGUCGUCGCACCAGCCGCCGACGCAGCCGUCGCACAAGAAUCGCAGCCCGAUCGCGCGCGCUCGCCACGACGCUUCCCGCCAUCCCGACGACGCGCAACCCUCCGCACUUUCGGACCGCGCGGACCCCGACUCCGCGCCGGCAGGCCAUCCGCUGCCCUUCUUCUUCCCCAUGCGCCCCUCCGCGCGCGGUUCCUCUCCGCCUGACGGGCAGGAGCGGGGAGGAGGCGGAAGGGAAGGGGAGCGAGUGGGGUAUGGGGUCGAGAAUGGGGGAAGAGAUGAGGGGAUGGGUGGAGAUGGGGGGGCAAAGGGCGAGGGGGAAGAGUGGGAAGGUCUCACCUCCUCCUCGCGCUCCCUGCUCCGCUUGCCCGCUGCGUCUGCCUCUGCCGCCGCUGCCGCUGGUGCUGGUAUCAGCUUCCACGCGACAGCCCAUGAUGCGAUUGCCGCUUCGCCCCGUUCCCACGCUGCCGCUGCUGCUGCGGCUGCUCGCAAUGCUGCUGGUAGUACUGCGGAUGGAGGCGCGGCAGGUGGUGUGAGCAGCGAGGCUGCGCGCCCAUCCGCCUUUCCGUUCUCCAAGCUCCCCUGGGCCCCACAACCUCCGCAGCAGCACCAACAUUCGCAGCAGCAGCAGCAGCAGCAGCAUUCGCAGCCGCAGCAGCAUCAGCCGUCGCACUACGUGCACCAACCACACCAGCAGCAGCAGCAGUAUGAAGACAGAGGAGGAGGCGGGGAGGGAGGCGGUGGUGCUGUGACUGUAAUGGGGUUGGGCAGUAACGGGGGUGGACAUGCACUGAACAGUAUGAGCUCCAAGGCGCGCCGCUUUGUGCGCCGCGACGACCUCAUCUGGGGCGCAUUCUUCUUCUUCACGCACUACUACCGCCCCGCACUCAAUGAUAAAGCCAAGGCGCGGCUGGUGGGGAGGGAGUGGGUGGGGGCGGUGGAGAAGGCGGAUCUGCGGCUGGAGGAGUUCAUGGUGCAGCACGACAUGGAGAACUGCUACAUGUGGGCCUUCCGCGUGCGCCCGCACAACGCCCUCGGCAAGAUGCAGCUGCGGUCUUACAUGAACGGCCACUCCAGGUUCGGCGAGCCGCAGUUUCCCUUCAGUGCCGAAAAGGGCUUUGUGCGGUCGCACCGCAUGCAGCGCAAGCGCUACAAGGGGCUGUCCAACCCACAGUGCAUUCACGGCGUGCAGUUCCUGCGCACGCCCGACCUCUCCUGCGUGCCCCCGCAUGAACGCCAGCGCUGGAUUGAUCUCACAGUGGGGCUUUGUGUUGACCAACGAAGCAGACGAGUUCAGCGACCGGCGCAUCUCCUCCCUCUCCUCUCCCUUUCAUGUCCGUUCUCUUCUCUCCCCUUCAUCUCCCCCCUACUCUCCUGCCCACUCACCUUGCCUCUGCCCUCACUCUCAGGCCGCGAGUGGGGCUUUGUGUUGACCAACGAAGCAGACGAGUUCAGCGACUGGCGCAUCUCCUCCCUCUCCCAAGACACCACCACUGCCACCGCCGCUGCCUCUGCUGGGGCUGCAGGCACCGCUGCUGCCUCUGGUGCUGCUGCUACCUCUGCUGUUUCGGCCCCAGAGCAAGAGGACUCGCAGUCGCAUCAGUCGCUGUCUGACGUUAAAACCCUUCCUGUCCCCGUCUCAGGGGCGCACUGGGCCUCUCAGGGACCAGGCGAGGGGCGAGGAGGGGGCUGGGGCGGAGACGGCAGGGAGGCAGAGCUGUUGCGAGGAGUGGAAAGGGGUGAAGCGCGGUUGGAGGAGAGGGGUCGGCGAGGGAGGGAUGGGGACGGAGUGGCGUGUAGGGGCGUGGGGGCUGGUGUGUUUUCUGACGGCACUCCAAUGACCACGCUGAGCCUUGCGGAUUCCGUGGGUGAGGGGAGGGAGGAAUGGAGAGGAGGAGGAGGGAGAGUGAGGGUGGAGGAGGAAGAGGGCGGGCUUGGAGGGCGGUUGGGUAAGAGGAGUCGUGGGGGGAUAGAUGGGGAGAUUAGGGCUGUGCGGGAUGAUAGUGGGAGCAGCGGGGGAGGGAGAGGUGAAAGGGGGGAAGGAAGAGGAGGAGGAAGAGUAAUAUUAGUAGUAGGAGGAGGAGGAGGAGGAGGAGGAGGAGGAGGAGGAGGAGUAGGAGGAGGUAGAGGGGAAGGAGGAGGAGGAGGAGGUAGAGGGGAAGACGGGGGAGGAAGGGAAGGAGGAGGAGGAAGAGGAGGGGCAAGGGUGCAGGUGCAAGGGGGUGCAAAAGGGUUUGGGGACCUAUUAGGCCUGGCGCAUGGAGGGGGCGCAAGGGGCAGGGAGGACAUGGAGGUGGAGGCAUCAAAGGAGGGGUCGCCACAGGAGCAGUCAGAGGAGCAGAUCGUGCAGCCGCCCUACUGGCUCUCCGAGUGCUAUGGCGUGCUCACCCAGGUGCGACCUCCCCCAGGUGUGGCCUCCCCCAGGUGUGACCUCCCCCAGGUGUCGGGCCCUGUGUCGGGCCCUGUGUCGGGCCCUGUGACGUGUGCCAAGACUCUCUACGAGGAUGCCACGUCGUUCCUGAUCCUCGUCAGCCUGCCCUUUGCUGACCUGUCCAAGCUCCGGGUGACGUGGCGCAACUCCCUCUCGCAUGGCAUUGUCAAGGUGCAAUGUGCCUCAUCCAUGCGCCAGCCGUCCCUAAUCCGCUGGGACCGGGCCUUCCACCUCACAGACCCGCACCCCGAGCACUGCCCUCCAGGGGAGUUCGUGCGCGAGAUAGUGCUCCCCUCCAGGAUCCCCGACAGUGCCGACGUCAAGGCUUUCUUCUCAGAUAGCGGUGGAGGCGUGGAGAUUCUGGUGCCUAAGUUGGUGCCUGUGAGCCAGUAUCAUGAGCGGGAGGUGCGGGUGUUUCUGCCACCCAAGACCGCAAGCUGA